UUUCCUCUAAAAUCAGCCAUCCAUUCACUCCGCAUUGACAUCAUUUCUGUUCAGCCAUGGCAUUCUCUGGCAAGUGGGAGACUGAAAGUCAGCAGGGAUAUGAGGACUUCUGCAAACUUCUUGGUAUCCCUGCUGAUGUGAUUGAGAAGGGUCGUGAUUACAAACUUGUGACGGAGGUGGUUCAGAACGGUAAUGAGUUCUCUUGGACUCAGCAUUACCCAGCCAACCACAGCGUCACCAACAAAUUUGCUAUUGGCAAGGAAUGCGACAUGGAGACCAUCGGAGGAAAGAAGUUUAAGGCAACCGUCACCAUGGAAGGGGACAAGCUGAGGACACAAUUUCCCAACUACAACCACGUAGUUGAGAUCAGCGGCGGGAAGCUGGUUGAGACUUCCACGGCCACGUCAGCUAAAGGUCCAGUUGUCCUGAUCCGAACCAGCAAAAAAAUCUAAACGCAUCACAUUGCCUAUGUAUGACUACAAACGUGUUCAAUAAACUAUAAACAUUUAUUUUAA